GUGUAUUGGAUUGCCGAACGUGACUCCCGUAUGACUCAGCGACAUCGUCGACAGCAGUUAGUUGUUCGGUGGCAAUCGAAUCGGACGGUUCAGAAUUUUCCAGAAGAAACCAACAAAAAACAAACCCUACGAUAACACAACACAAUACAGAACAACAAGUUGAAGUGUAGACAGUGGUAUUCAGCUGAUAAGCCGUAAUAAGCAAGGAUCAAACAAAACAUGAUGUGCAAAUCUUUAGCAGUGUCCGCGGUUGUGCUAGUUCUCGUUUCGAUACUGACCGAUAGUUUCGUGCAGGGAGUGGAGUUUGAAAAUUGUGCUGAUGCAAAUACAAUCGGGAACUACAGUUUAAUAGAAGUGUCUAACUGUAACGUGGACCAGCCAGCGUGCGUUCUGAAGCGGAAUACGAAUGCCACCAUCUCAAUUACGUUUGAGUCCGAUGAGGAUCUUACCCAGCUGAAGGCGGUUGUCCAUGGUGUCAUCUUGGGCAUGGAAGUCCCCUUCAAGCUACCCAACGAUGACGGCUGCGUGGACAGUGGUCUCGAAUGCCCCCUGUCGAAAGACACCGAAUACAAAUACACCGCCACGUUGCCGGUGCUGAAACAGUAUCCCAAGGUCUCCGUCGAUGUCAAAUGGGAACUGAAGGAUGGCGAUCGUGAUGUCGUGUGCGUAAAAAUUCCUGCCAAAAUUCAGUAGUUUCCAGUAGCGAAGCGAAAAAUCUCAUCAAUCAGCUGACGACCAGGGUUGACUCGCGAAGCAACAGAAGCAAAUGCCGACAAACAAGCAACAGCCCCAGAAACGCGAUAGUGAAUUAAAUUAGAUUAAAUUAGUACUUUCAAUGAACAUCCAAUUGGUUCCUUCACGACGGAGAAUGUUUGCGCGAGUAACUUAAUCAGUUUUUUUUUCUACUACACUCUACUCGCUUCGUAGUCAAUGUGCUAAAAUGACUUGAGUCAAUUCCGAAUAAAAGGCAGCACCAAUGCCGCGUGACUUGGGGUUGGAAAUAGUAUUUGUA